AUGGCACGCCGGCCUUACACCCAUUAUGGCGUUCGAAUUGGCCGCCAGAUUGGCGUGUUUACCGAUUGGAGCGACUGUGCUGAGCAAGUCUCCGGAUACUCUGGUCAGUGCUAUCGCGGCUUUCACUCCUAUCGAGAAGCGUUCAACUUUGCCUACGGCGAGCCUGAAGCUCCGGCGCAGCUUGCGGUUGAGCACACGUUUGAAGCUGCCGCAACACCCGAGCCCGAGACUGUCACGGCGCCCGAGCCCGAAAUCGCUACUAUACCCGAGCUCGUAACUGUCGCGGCGUCUGAGCCCGAGACUGCAACAACAUCUGAGUCCGCCAUCGUCAUGGCGCCCGAGCCCGAGACCGCUCUUACACCCGAGCCUGAAAUUACCAUGGCGCCCGAGCCCACAACUGCAAUUACAUCCGAGUCCGCAACUACCACGGCAUUUGAGCCUGAAACUAUGCCUCAAUCCAGGACAGUACUCGAUGCUGAGCCUGGGCACCAGGAGCCGCCGCCAGCAAAGAAGGCCCGCCAUAGUGAAGGACAGGCCACUGAAACGUUUUCUGACACUCAAGAAAACACCUUUGGCAGCAGCGACAUAGUUGACGAAGCGGGCAAGUCGUCAUCUAGUGCUGCCGACCCGUCCGAGAUCGUCUACAACGAUAUAGGACAGGCGAAAGAGCGACUGUCGGCUCUCAUGGAGGGGGGUGGAGCAGUGAAAAUCAUCCCAGUGUCCCCCAAGAGGAAGUGGGAGGAAUAG